ACGAAAGCGACACCGACAUGACGAUGCGCGGAUUGGAGACGUGGACAAGAUAUGAACAACAAGCCAAGAACGUCAUCAAUGCAACGAAAACGAUAGGCAUAUUAAUAAAUAUUAGUACAGCAACAGCACCACACUUGUUGGUUAGACUGAGUCUGGGACGUAAUGUCGUCCAUACUUGGUAAUCUUAAUCUAUCAUCAUGUCAUCCACAGGUGGAUAGACUUACAGGUAAAUUUGCAAGGAAUACGGGCGAGGAGCACAGGCGUUAGUAGUAAAAGUAAUAGGAAGAAUGGACGAGCUUGCGCUUGCGCUAUGUAGUCAUUGCUCAGGGUCCAGGUGCAGCUGUGGCAGCUGGUGCUGCUCACUGUCAACCAUCGCACAUCUCACUCAUGCUCAAGAAUUAUCCCAGAGACUAGGAACACUCAGUGGCUACGAUACCUGAGCCGAACUCGAGAGGAUAAAAAAAGCAGAGUCUGUCUGUUGUGAGUAUGUUUUUGGUUUGUUUCGCCGCUAAUAAAAAGUCGCCCUUCUUCUUCGCGAGCGGUUGCGAAAGGAUCGGCGGACGUAUCGUUGGCACCUGCGGACCAGAAGGGUCACGGGGGCAAUGCGGCUGCUGCCCUUGCAGAUGACGAGAUAAGAGGUGAGUGCUGCGUUGAUUGUAGUCUAGCUAAAGCUAAUUCUCAUAUGAUAUUAGAAUUACGACAAACGAAGGGUCACGCUCUGCAAUCAUCAAAUGACCGCACGGCACUCCUGGCUUUUAUCAUACUUAGUUAUCCACUUGCACUUCUAUUUUUCGCAUUCCAUUGUAAUACAUUGACUCACUCCAUCUUUCGAUCCACAAAUGAGAAUCUCGGCCGUUGCCGUUGGCGUUGCGUCCCUUGUUCUCGUGCUGUUGGAGUUUUCAGCGAGAAGGAGGGCGCGAUCAAGAUAUUGUAUUGACUUGAAUCAUGUAUUUUCAGGAAUCAAUAGACCGAAUCGCGAAGCUGGGAGGAGGGAUGAAGUAGCUUAGUUACUCUGAAUUUAAGGUCUACCCUCUGAUAUAUGUCCUUACCUUUUCUUCUACAUAAUGAUAAUAAACACAUAUUUAGCAACAUGAUGAAUGAUGGUGCAGUGCAAGAAGACUUGCACUUGAAGUGCCAGCACCUUGAGUUUUCGAUUGUGAUGUGGACGAUACUUGUUAAUUUAUUGCUCUCGAUAACUAAAAAUGUAACAGUAACUGACUGCCAUUGUCGCGUCAGUCAUCGUGUAGUUGGCUUCGCUCCAUCCUUGUUGUAGCCAUCCUUCUUCGCCGCGUGCGAGGACGAGAAGUAGGAUGUAGGCUUGCGAUUAUUUGAAAAAAAAAGCCUCCUUGGAGGAAAAUUAACCAUCUUUGAGGGAAGAAUGCAAAUGCCACUUCAUCAACUUCUGGGGGCUAGGAGCCACCCGCUUGUUGAUCGUUAGUUUCAGCAGAAUGAAACAAAUACAGACGACGGUACAACUUUCUUCCGUUUACAUUCUUUGUACAUCAUCGUGGAUGUGUUUCUCUUGUUAUGUUAAGUUGCAGCGUAGCAAGCAAUAGCAAACGCAAAGAAAAGGAACAAGUCAGAAAGUUAUUGGCUCCGGGGAGAGUUGUUUUAGGC